AUUGUAAACUCCAUGUUGAAGGUCCAUCUUGAUUACAUCUAUGUCAACCGCGUAUCCUUCAAGGCUUCAACACACUUCGGCUUAUGCCCACUUCGAAUUGCUUUUGAUUGACGACUCUGACCAUCCAACAAAAUGAAUAUCUUCCGACUCUUUGCGGAUUUGUCACAUCUGGUGUCAAUCCUGAUCCUGCUACAGAAGAUGAAAUCUUCAAGUAGCGCCUCAGGAAUCUCCUUCAAAUCGCAAUUCCUAUACUUCCUCGUUUACGUGACGCGAUACAUCGACUUGCUAUGGACAUUCUAUAAGCCGGAGAGCUUGUACAACACCGUGUUCAAAAUCAUCUUCAUCGCGACCUCCGCGUACACGAUCUACUUGAUGUUGAACGACUACAAACCGACCCACGAUCCGAAUCUAGACACGUUUAGGGUGGAAUAUCUCUUAGCAGGGAGCUUGCUGCUGGCUGUCAUUUUCCCCUACAAGUACAAUUUUACGGAGAUCUUCUGGGCCUUUUCCAUCUGGCUAGAAGCGGUUGCGAUCUUGCCUCAACUUUUCAUGCUACAACGAACCGGGGAAGCCGAGACAAUCACAACCCAUUACUUGUUCGCGCUCGGGAUCUACAGGGCUCUGUACAUCCCCAACUGGAUCUACCGAUAUACGAUGGAGACCCCUCCGUACAGCGAUCCUAUCGCCGUCCUCGCCGGAAUCGUCCAGACCAUCCUUUACUCGGACUUCUUCUGGAUCUACUAUACCAAGGUCAUGCAAGGGAAGAAGUUCAACCUUCCCGUUUGAGCGGAAACCCUCCUUGUGCCAUCGAUUCAGGCACAAUGCGAUCCGGUCGUCCAUCCACAUGUGCUGGGAUGGAUGCUCAACUCCCACGGGUGCAUCUCGUGCAUUGACGGAUUGAUCGAGGUACCUAAACAGUAAGUUUGGGGGAUUGGCGUUCUGGAGGCGGUUCUCGAACACGAAUCUGGAAGUCUCUAUAGACCUGGCAGGCCAUGGCGACGAGUAAUGAGAAGUGCUAUUUACGGUCAAUACACGGGCAAAGGCUUCACCGUGGGAGGAUGUGCUGUACAAAUAGCAAAUAUACCAGGUGGCAUGGAGUAAGCUCU